UUUCCUUUAAUGUAGUUUUUGUGGCUGUAGUACCAUUUAAAAUAGUAGAAACUCUGACAUUACUGUUUACUAUAUGUGAACAUUUUUUUUCUGGCAUGAUACUUCUUUGUUUAAUUUUAUUUUUUCUCUUACAGUUUUCUAAUAAACUGGUAGCUCAGAUAGCCUGUGAUGUUCUUCAGCUGCUAGUUUUUUAUUGGGAAAAACUUCAGAAGUAUGAAUCCUCUCUAUCCAGGAAAAUUACUGAAAUUCUUGUGGCCACCAUUGCAUUUCUUUUGCCAAGUGCUGAAUACUCCUCUGUAGAAACAGAUAAAAAGUUUAUAGUUUCUUUAUUACUUUGCUUGUUGGAUUGGUGCAUGACACUACCAAUGAAAACCUUACUAGAGCCAGUGUCUACUGUUCUGGAAGAUCAACAUUCCUCUGAAGCUCCGUUACUGGAUUACAUAUAUAGG